AUGUAACAAAAAGACAACUAUGAUCUUAGGAUCUAGUAAUUAGAAACUCCAUAGCUAAUGUAAAAUUAAACACUUGGAGUUAACUAUAAUAGCGCUAAUAAAGAAUGCAAAAAUAUUAUAAACUUGAAAGAUCAGGCUGCAGAGAAUUUAAUAUAGUUUAGGCGAUCUUUAAUAAGUGAUAAUGGUGUUAUUUCAAUAGAGGAUAUUUCAAAGAAUAAAACUCCUACAUAAAAUACAUUAUAGUAAUGUAAAAACUCUCAGACAAAAAGCUCACGAAAAUAUUCAACAAGCUACAGCAAAGAUUCCCAAUAAGCAAUGUAUAAAAUUUUAUAGCUUUAACAUCAAAAUAUACCUCUAUAAAUUGAAAAGGUUAAUAAUAUUAAUUCUUAAGCAUCUAUUCCUAACAACGAAUCAAAUCAAGUUUCAAGUCGUUCAAUCAAACAUGUGAGAGAAACUCUACUACAAAAGAGCUCUUAAACAAUAAUAAAUUAAUCUAAUAUAUAAAUUUAGAAUGAAUAAGUGUAAUAAAGUUAAUUACAAAAUAACCCAUUAAAACACUAAAACACACUUUAGUCUUCUUUACUUGAAAAAAAUUAGAAAUAGUAGAUUUAAAGAAAUAAAUCCCUAAAUUUAGGAAGUAAAACAGAUGAAAAAAAUUAAUAACCAGUGCACAUAAAUUAAAAACCCUAUUUAUAAUAAAGUUAUUCAUUUAAAUAGAAAACAAUUGAUAAUUUAGCUUUUAUUCCUUAAAAAGUUAAUUUUUUUGACAAAUACAAUUAAAUCUAAUAGUAAAAAGAUGAAAAAAAUGUCUAAGAUAGCAAAAACAGCUAAGAAUUCCAAGGUUUAGCAAAUGAAGGUUUCAUAAAAAGUAGUUAGCAAAUCUAAAAACCGAAUAGUAUUAAGAGCAUUACAAUAAAUGCUAAUAUUUUAAACUCAACUGAGAUGAGUAAAGAUUUUAUUGAAAACUCUACUUAGUAAGGGAAUACUCUGAUUAUAAAUGCAUCAAAAAAUAAACUAUUUUCAGAAAGCUAAGAAGAUCAACAUAUUAUAUUUCAAUCUGUGCCUUCAUCAAAUAAAACUAUAGAUUCCUCUUAUUUAAUAAAGUACUAAAAUAUUGCUAAUAAUUCUUCUCAAUUACAAGAAGUUAGCUAACAACUUAAUCAAUUGUAAGGUGAAUCAAAGGAGCCUACAGAUAAUGAAUAAAACCUGAACUAAAUGAAUAAGUCUAGAUAAAAUCUACAGAAAUCUUAAAAUAGUUUGAACUAUUCUUCAAAUGCUCAUGAAUAGGGAAACAAUAUUUUGUUUAAUAAUAAAUAGAAAUAAAAAUAAAGCUAGCAUACUUAAUUUUCUGUUUAAUAAAGUGAUAAUAAUAAAACAAAUUUAAAUUAUUUUCACUCUCGCUAAAGCUCUGAAAAUUUAAAUUCUAAAAAGCUUGGAAAUUUUUACAUAACUAAUUUAUCAUAUAAAUCAAAUCUGCAUAGUCCAAAAUCUACUUUCAACAGCUAAAAUUCAUCACGAAGCAAGCCGUUUUAUCACCCUUUUUCACAUCAAAAUACAAGCAAUUACGGUGAAGAUUAGAGCUUAUAUAACCAACUAUUUAUUUCAAACAUAUCGAAAUACUAGCCUUUUUAAACUUUUAAACAUUCAGCAUCAUUUAAAAGGUCUAAUAAUAAUUCAAUAAAAGAUAAUGAAGAUAAUUUUUUAAAUCAACACACCAACAAUUAAAAUAUAGGAAAUAUUAAAUAUCAAACAACAGAAAAAAAUAAUUAAAGCUUAUAAAUCCAUUCUAGAGUAAAUUCUGAUUAAGCCCCUUAAAAUUAGUAAUCAUAAAGCAUCGAAUAAGAAAUAGCUUUACAGCAUUAAUUAAGAAAUCCUGAUGAAAAUAAAAAUGAAUAAGAUUAUUAGAUGAAAUAAAAAUUAUAAAAUUAACUUAGCUCAAUUAUGGGUAAAAGAAAUAAUUUAUCUUUGCUAAACUUAAGAGGUGAAGAUAAUAAAUUAGAGAGUGAGUAAGAAAUCAUGUAUAGCUAAAAAAGGUAAAAUCUUUCAAGCCUUUUAACAGAAAAUUUGUCUGAGGCAAAAAAUAUAAAUUAAAAAUGGUCAUAAAUCUUUCGCUCAUACUAAGAUUCAAAAGAUUAUUUGUUUUAAUCUAAAAAAGGUAUUCCUAAAAAGCGUAAAAAUUUGCUUUAUGAGUAUAAAUUGGUAGGAUUAAGCACGACACCUGGUCUCGUGACCUAGACUUAACAACAUAGUUAGAAUUAAUUUGAUAAGAACAAUAAAUCUUCUUUUGGUAAAAGCAAAUCUAACAAUUAAAACAAAUUUAUUUAGUUAAAAGAAAUACCUGUAAAAUAGCAACCUUAACAGUUAUUUUUAUCUAUUUAGCAAUAAAAUUAAUAAAAAUAAACAGGUAAAUCUAGAUUUUCUAUUUCUUAAAAGAGUAAGUAAAAAUCAUUAUCACCAAUCAAGUCUUCUAAUAUUAAGAAUCAUUUUCAAGCGAUAUAAAGUGAAAGAGAAUCACAGAAAAGGCUUUUAACUAAUAUAGAAAAAGAUUAAACUGAGUAUAAAUAAAAUAUAAUUACAAAUAUUUAAAAUUAAUUGAAUUCCUCAACCAUUUCUAAUUCAAAUAAAGAUAUUUAAAAUGAAACAUAAAGCAAUUAUAUGACCUUCAAAGAAAGAAUGAAAAAUUAAAUAUACCCUUCGUUAGAAACGGCCUAACUGCUUUUUGAUAAAAAAUUGAUUAGUGAUGAUCCUGAUAUUGCAGAUUAAAAAAUUAGACUUAUCAAGUAUUUUUUAGAUGAAAAUAUAUCAAUAUAAGAAAAAAGGAAUAAUUUCAAAGACAUCUAAAUGCUUUUUUAUCCAGAAAAUAAGAAAUACAGCGAGAAAAUAUGUCAUGAAGUUCUUCCCUUUUUGAAUAAUAUGAAAAAUUAUUUUUUAAAGCAAGACUUUUAUAAUCCUCUGUAUUAUCUAUAAAAUAUUUUUAAAAAUGAUCAAAAAUUAAAAUAAACUAAAGGGUACUUAAACAAUAGAGCUUCAAUGCAGUUAAAUAUAGAGAAUUCGCAGAAUUGUGUGCCAUAACUUUCAAAAUACUCUCAAAAAAAUAUUUAAAAGCUCUCUGAAGAGUUUAAGAAUGAAUUUGCUAAUAGCUUUAAGCAAAUUGAUAAAUCAUAGCAAGUGUGA